CAAGGAGUCACAAUGGACAGAUCAAUAGUUCCUGGAUUUGAAGUACCUGCUGCUUCACUUCAAUCCUUUAUCAGUCUGUCCAUUGGCAUUUCCAUCCUAAUAUACGAUCGCGUAAUCAUUCCGAUUGCGAGACGUUUCACCGGGAAACCUUCUGGAAUUACAAUGCUACAGAGAAUCGGAUUUGGGAUGAUAUUAUCUGCUCUUUCCAUGGUCAUUGCUGCAUUAGUCGAGGUGAAAAGGCUCAAAACAGCUCAAGAAUAUGGUUUAGUUGAUAUGCCAAAGGCGACUAUUCCUCUGAGUAUAUGGUGGCUGGUUCCUCAAUAUUUAGUUGUUGGAAUUUCUGAUGCUUUCACAAUGGUUGGGUUGCAAGAGUUUUUCUAUGACCAGGUUCCAAGUGGAUUGAGAAGCAUCGGUCUUUCUCUGUAUCUGAGUAUUUUUGGCGUUGGCAGCAUUUUGAGCAGCUUUCUCAUCUCUGCCAUUGAAAAAUUAAGCAGUGGGGAUGGCAAAGAAAGCUGGUUUGAUAAUAAUCUGAACAAAGCUCAUCUUGAUUACUUUUACUGGUUGCUUGUUGGGCUUAGUGCUAUUGGGUU